AUGGGUGACGAUAUUGAAUUUUCAUUCGACGACACAUUUGAAGAUCACUCGGUUGAUUCUGAUCAUGCUCCUUCAAGGUCAAAUUCUCUUAAACUCAAUAAAACUGCUGCCACUGAUAGUCAGAGGAGAAAAGAAAAGCGACGAUCAAAGCUUUGGUAUGAAAAAUCAAAUUCCCAAGCUCAAAGUGACAGCGAGCAGAGCACGGGGACUCAAGAAACUAUCCCUACUGCAAUUGUUAUAAAAAACAUUCCGUUCUCUAUAAAGCGGGACGCGCUAUUGGCUAUUCUUAAUAAUCUCGACAUACCUAGACCUUAUGCAUUCAACUAUCAUUUCGAUAAUGGAGUUUUCCGAGGACUGGCUUUCGCUAAUUAUCGAACACCAGAAGAAACAGAUCUAGUAGUGUCAGCAUUAAAUGGGUAUGAAGUUUCUGGUAGGAAACUCAGGGUUGAAUAUAAGCGCGUAUUGCCUGCUGCGGAGAGAGAAGCAAAAGAAAGAGAAAAGAUUGAAAAACAAAAGGCAGAAAAAGAGCAACAGAAUCAAGAUUUGCGUGUACAAGAAAAAACUGAUUUCGAACAAGCCGAUAAGUCAAAAACAGUUAACAGCGAAAAUGAGAAGCAAGACAAAGAAAAAAAAGAGUCAGAAAAAAAGAGUCUCG